AACUGCCUCCACCGCUGAGACAGUCCGCGAUGGAGCCGUCUGCAGGCAGCAGAGCGCAGCGUUUCCACUCAUGGAUCCGCACAGAAAAGGGGCAUUUUAAUGAAAAGCGAAUAUAAACUGCAAACGGAAUCUGAAAACAACUAUCAUCCAACAUAUGGAUUUAAACUUCAUAUUAAAUUAUUUUAAAGGUUUUCCCAUUGCAACAUCUGAGUCUGAUUGGGAACUGAUGUGUGUCAUGGGGAUAUGGUGAGGCGAUGUGCACAGGCUUGUGUGAGAAGAGGUGGACUGCCGUCAGUGGAGGAAGAGGAAAGGAGACAGGUGAAGGGCUGGAUCUCUACUCAUAUUUGUGUGUGUCACUCUUGUUCUCGGCUCUGUGGGGUCAAGCAACCCCGCAGUGUCCGGACAGCUGCCACUGUGCCUGGGACACAGCCACUGUGUUGUGCUCUAAUGCAGGGCUGCGGGAAAUCCCAGAAGGGAUCCCACCAGAGACCGUUUCCCUACACCUGGAGCGCAACUACAUCCGGAACAUCCCAGAGAGUGCCUUCAACCACCUGGUCCACCUGCGGGACCUCUACCUAUCCCACAACCGCAUCGACUCUCUCUCCUCCGGUGCCUUGCGGCAUCUAGGACCUGACCUGCGCCUGUUGGACCUCUCACAUAACCAGCUGAGGCUGGCCAGCAGGGAGGAUUUUGGGUCCACUCGCGCCAAGACGCGGCUCUACCACAAUCCCUGGCACUGUGACUGCACUCUGCAGGAACUGAUGGAGACUUUGAACCUGGAACCCGAGACCGUGAAUGGGAUCAUCUGCGAGAGCUCCGUGCGAGGUGUGGGUGAGGGGAGCCGGUGGGAGGACCCGGGAUCAUUGGGCGAGCACGCAGGUCAGCCGCUGGUCAAACUGUUGGAUUCUGGGGUGAACUUCUGCAGCCUGCAGAGGAAGACCACAGAUGUAGCCAUGCUGGUGACCAUGUUUGUGUGGUUUUUUAUGGUCAUCAUGUAUGUUGUGUACUAUGUUAGGCAGAACCAGGCAGAAGCCCGCAGGCAUUUGGAGUACCUGAAGAGUCUACCCAGCCCACGUAAGACCCCUACAGAGGCAGACACUCUGAGCACCGGUUUCUAAGCUUAAUGCUGUUUAAACUCAAUAUUCAGAGGACAUCAUUGUGGAACGUGACUCUGAAAUGCUGAGAGAAGUUACUGUAGACCAACUGUGGAGGAUGCAUACAUAGAGGAAAUUAACCUUUUACAAAUGUUUGAUUAUUCCUUUAAAAUUCUUUUUCUAAACAUUUAUUUUCUUAUUAAAUUUUUUUCAGGUUUAGUAUAAAGUUUAAGUAUUUCUGAACUUCUACUUUAUGCACUGAGAGAAUAGAAGAAGUUAUAAAAACACAGCAGAGGUAAAGAUAAAACAAGGUUACGUGUAGAGAAAGACAUUUUUGAACUCAAUAACAUUUUGUCUCCCUUUGUAGCCCUGCUUUUCUUCUCCCGUUACGCCUCAUACUGUGCUCUUUUAUCUUUCAUUAGGUUCUAAUUAGGAGACGUUGACCAGCUGACCCCUAAUGAACACUUGAAAGGCACUAAUCAGUUGAAGUGUGUUUGUCAGUGUGCAAAUUUAGAUGUGUGUCCUUUACUGGCUGCUAGAUUUGUGUAUGUGUAUGUUUGUGAAUGUGUGGUGUGUUUAGGCAUUGUCACAACCAUUCUUACUUUGAUGUUUGUUGGGGCUAUGGGGGUCCAAUAGUGCCAGAGUUCAACAAAAGGCUCAAUUAUAAUAUGAACACUUAAAUGCAAAACAAAUGCAGAAAUAGUUAAUAAAUAGACAUGUCUCGAUAAACAUAAGUGACACAAGUAACAGUGACACAAGCCGCAGUGCCACAGCCACAGUGAAAAUAUGAAUUAUUUCAUGGUUUACUGCAGCAAAGGAAGCAUACAUUAAUUUAAUGAAUGCUGAAAAAGUCAGAUAACAUUUCGAUAUAUAGUAGACUCCAAAUUCAAAUCAAUGAAUUUUGCAUUUAAUUAUAUAAUUCUGUAUUUAAUAGAUUACUGAAAUAUUUAAAAUGGGUAAAUAAAUAUGGGUAAAAUGGAUUUAUUAAUUUCCAGUUUUGUUUUAAUAAUGACAAGUAUAAAUAGUUUUUCAUUAUUUAUUUAUUUUAUUUAUUUACUACAUUUUGGAACUAUUGGCUCUCCACAGUUUAAGUCCUCCGCAUCUGGCUCUAUCAAAACUGAUUCUAUUUUUAAAGCCAUUAAAAAAUAAGCACAUAAUUUAUUAUUAAAAGGAGUAUUCAUUUCAUUAGAAUGUUUAAGGCUUGCCCUGUAAAAAUUAAUGAAUUUUCCUCCAGCUUUCUCCACAUAUUGAGCUAAACCACUUUGGAUUAACAGCCACAUUUGAUAGAGUUUUGUAGAGGGUGUUGUAAUCCUGUUUAUUGUGCAAAUAACUGUAGUCUCCUCAAAGGGGUAGGUUAGUCUUAUUUUUAAAUAGGAAUGUCAUUCUUCUCUUCUACAACAAGAAAUGUAAACCUCUGUCUAUUUGCACAUUUCUAGAUGCAAAUUUAGAGCAAUAGUUCCCAACAAGGUCUGAGAUUGUGUUCAGCAAAUUAAUGAUACAAGCAAAAUUACAUUUGUUUUAAAUUUACCUUUCAUUUCUUUUACUACUUCUGCAUUGUUAGGUGUCACAACAGAUGUUCUUUGCAAGAUUAUCUAGCUCAAAAACCUGAUAGACUAAUAAAAAGGAAUGAACCGAAUAAUUGUUUAUUCCUUGUUUAGUCUCUUUUUUGAUAUUCAAUCAAGUAACACUUAUAAAUAAAAACAAAUGUAGGAAGAUGAUGAGCAAGAAUCUGUAAAUGUCUUUGUGGAAAAUGACACAAUCAACACAAUGUGAAUGAAAAUAAAAUUCAUAUAAGUGUAGUGUUGUGUCAGUUAUUUUGUUUUUCAGUAGCACUGUAAUUCUUAAUGUUGGUCUAUUGUAGGCAUGGGGAGGUUUGAAAAAGUUACUAUCUAAAAAUGGCUACACUUUUCCAUCUCACAAUUCCUAAAAUAUAACGUUUUUUUAAAUGAGAUGCCAAAAAAUUGUUAGACUAUCUGGAGUUUUCUCUAUAAUAGAGACACAAGGUGGUCUCCCUCACUCUCCUGCUGCGCACUGCCAGAUAGCUAGCUGAAAGAAGACUACUACACCUUUUCUUGCUCUCGAGAAAGGCGAAUUUUGCUUUUUGGAAAUAUUUCAACAAAAAAGCCAGACAUGAUGGGGAUACUGAUGGAGCUUCACCUAUCACUCUUAUUAAGCUAACACUGUUUUAAAACUACUGGUGGUGACAAUAUGUCUGUCAAGUAGCUGACUGUAGCUUGGAAUAGCAUAAUGUGCGACUACACUGUAUGGUAUUUAUACAAAAAGUUAAGACAAAUAAAGUCAAGUGGUGUAAUUAUGUCCUCAUGCACUCAAGUUGUACAGAAUCAUUCUAAUUACAAAAUUACAUGUUUUCACAUGUGUUGACAAGAGACACAUCUAACAGUUGUAGGAGAACCGGCCCUUGAAGACUGGAAUUUAAAACCUGCGAGUCUCUUACCAACCCAUGUCUUGUGUAUAGUGUUAUAAUUAGAUGUAACUUACAUAAUACAAAAAAUCUUUGGUGUUGCAGAAAUUAGAAGACUGCAAAUAAAGCCAUAGCUAGUUUGUGAGAUUUUUUUUUCAAUUGUUUACCUUGUUGCUGACAAUGUUGUCUGAUUAUACUGUAUGUUGGUCAAUGUUCAUGAAUUUGUUACAAAAAUAUUUUUUUUUAACUUUGUGAAAAUAAACAGUUAAUAGAGAAUUAAAUGGACUGAUCUAUGUUGAACAUAUAA